AUGAAAUAGUAAAAAAUCAAUUAAUAAAUAAUAAAAUCAAAUAUUGAAAAUAAAAAUCAGUUAAAUUAAGAAAUAUAAAAGAAAAAAAAAAAAAAAUAUAAAAAAGAAAUUUAAAUCAAAUAAAAAGCAAAAAACAAAUUAAAAGAGCUCUUUUUUUUUAAAUUCAAUUAUAUAAUUAAAAAUAUCACAAUCCAGUAUAAAUAAACUGAAUUUACCUAAGAUCAAGUGUCAAAUUUGAGAUAUUAGUGCAUUUUAAUAAAGCAGAAUAUAAACUUGAUUCAGCUUCAUCAUUAAUAUAAUUGCCACUUUUUAAAUAUUGAAGAAAAAAUAAAUGAAUAAUUAGUUAUAAUUUUAUAAGGAAAAAUGAAGAAAAAAUAUAAAAUUAUAAGAAAUAAAUUAAUAAAUAAUAAAACUAAAUAUUGA